GGCAGCUAAGACGCUUAUGGGGAGAUGUUACAAGAGACGCGAUUGGUUGAAAAGGACCAAUCGGAAUGAAGGACUCAAUGGACGUCUGUGCCUCAAAAUGAAACAUGGCGCCUAUGGUUUUUCUUUCUUUCUUUGUGGCCCCUUCCACACAGCUGAAUAAAAGCCCACAUUGAACUGGAUUGUCUGUCAGUGUGGACGCAAAUAACCCAGUUCAAAGCAGAAACCUAAAUGAAAUGCAUGGGUCUGCUAUGAGCCCAUGAAGCCGCACACAUGUGCCUCCCACCCACACGCAUGUGCCUCCACGCCACACAGACCCACUCAUACAAAAGGAAAGGUCUCUCGGUUGCUUGCCGGAAACUGGAAUCUAUGGUCCAGCCCCUUGUUUCCAGGACAGCCUGCUUGCCUUCCUUCCCUAAAUGCAGCUGAGCUCCAAAGCAGCCUCCUAAUGAAGGCUUCUCCAGAAGCAUCCAUGGAGGUGCAGCUGCAGCAGGCCCGAGCCUUCAAGGAGGAAGGCAACCGCUAUUACAAAGAAGGCCGCUUCCGGGACGCCGUGAGCCGCUACCACUGGGCAUUGCUGCAGGUGAAAGGCCUGGACCCCAGUGUCCCUUCUCCAUUGCAGGUCUUUGGUGCAGAAAGAGCUUCCAUGACUUCUGUACAGGAGAGCGACCUCCACAGCAUCCAAAGUGACUGCUAUAACAAUCUGGCUGCCUGUCUCCUCCAGAUGCAACACGUCAACUAUGAGCGAGUGAAGGAGUACAGCCUCAAAGUCCUGGAAAAACAGCCGGAAAAUGUGAAAGGGUUGUAUCGUGCCGGAGUGGCGUUCUACCAUUUGCAGGAUUAUGACCGGGCACGGCAGUAUCUCCUGGCAGCAAUGAGUAAGCAGCCCAAAGACACCAACGUGAAGCGUUACCUGCAGCUCACGGAAUCCCAGCUGAGCAGCUACCACCAAAAGGAAAAACAGGUGUAUAUGGGGAUGUUUGGCAAGAGGUGAUGGGUUCUCCUUGGAAGCAUCUAUCGAUACAACAGAGUGAGUGCCCAGUUGCUGAUGCUUCUCUACGUACGUAGUUAUUGGAUUUGGAAGAUAUGCAGUGCCUUGAGAAAUAUGUAUUUCAUGACCAAUGUAACUGUUAAAAAUAUAUGAACCCGUUAUCUGUUUCGGUGGAACAGAUUGUGCAUCGAUGGUGACACCCUGAAUUUCAUUCUGUCCCUUUAGUGCAGAUGAAGGCUGUGAUCAAUUUUCUGUUUUCAUGCUUCCCCACCCCUUGUCGGUUCAUAAAAUAGCAUGAUAAAUUUAAA